GAGUAGUCCCUCCUCUCCAAAUCCCCACGGUCACACGAAAACCCUUUCCCCUCACCCCCUUCCUCAGCAAGCCAGUCGCCCAACAUGAAUUUCUUCCAGCAGAAACCACCGCCGCCACUCAACAAUUCAUCUUCGCCACCACCUCCCCUUCACGAAUUCGUCCAGCAGGCGUUCACAUCCCUCCAAACCAACGUCUCUAAUUUCUUCCAAAACGCCCUUCAACAACCCCCAUUUCAUCCUCGCGAAUCCCCAGCAUUGGCUCGUGCUUCCAGCCUCGUCAGCAGUCCCAACGGCGGCGCAUCUAUUUCUUCCGGCGGUGGCGGGAGUAGAGAGGGGAUUCGCAGUUCACCUACAACGUCAAUCCGGGAGCGGUUUACUGGCGUGCCCCUGUACGCUCUCAGCAAUCCCAAUCAGGAAUUCGUUUUGGUUUCUGCCGGGAAUGGAAAAACAAGUCUAGGUUUGUUUUGCUUAGGUGAAGCUGAUGCAGCAUCUAUCCUCCACCAAUUGAAAAGCAUAGACCCUUCUAUGCACAAGGAUUAUAGAGUGGUGCCUGUGGCACUCAAUGAGGUCAUAUCGUCUUUUAAUCUGAAAUGUACUCCAUAUGAAUGUCAAUUCCUCUUACCUUUGAUGCUAAUGCAGGUGCGUAAAAGAAGUGGUAUAUCUGAUACAACAUUUCCUGGGGUUCCAGUUUUUCAGUCAAAUAGCUUAGUCCUGAGGAAAGAGAACACAAGAUAUCGUCCAUUUUUCUUUAGAAAGGAGGACCUGGAGAAGUCUCUUUCCAGAGCUUCCAGAGAUCAGAAUAUACUGAAUCCUGCAUUAAAAGGAGAUAUUCAGGUUGAUGUUCUAGAGGAUAUAAUACAAGGGAUGAAGGACAGCUCAACAUCAGCAUGGAACAAUGUUGUUUUCAUCCCUCCUGGUUUUGAUGUUUCCACGAAUCCUCCUCGAAGGUGACAUCACCACGCACCCAAGCACUGCUUUUGCAGCUCUUGGAAAGAAAGCAAAUCAUUUGGCAAGAAAUUUUGCAGCUCUUCAAAUCAUUUUGCAGCUCUUCAAAUUUUAUUAAUCAUUAAUAAAAUCAUUUUAUUAUAACAUACUUUUUAAUAUAGUCUGAAUGGUUAAGACCUCUUAUCUGAAUUGAUCAGACAUUUGCCUCUGAAUAGUUAAGUAAUAUACUAGCUCUUAAUGG